GUUAUGAAAUUGCAACGGAAAGAACAACAAUGCUUAUUCAAAAUUAUGUUUACAUUUUGAAUUUGGUUUAUUUAGAGUUGAAACCAACAUUGCCUACUUAUUUUGUGUUUUUGUAAUUUUUUCUUUGUGUGCUUUUUAUAAAAUUAAUGGCUUCUGUUUUGGAUGUGUUUCAUUGUGCUCGUAAAUGUGGUGAGGUGGAACAGAUAUUAGCAGAAGUACACAGAAUGUACUUAGACCAACUAAGAAAAAUAGAAAAAUUGAAGGAUCCGACAGAGUUAAAGGUGAAGCUGUUCAGCAUGUGGGUCAGGGACCUGAUGGAGCAGAACCAGUCCCUGGCGCAGACGCUCGCAGAGCUGGAGGAGGUGUCCAUCAGACUGGUGCUGCAACUGGUCGAGCAGGUCGCGGGGCGUCGCGGCUCCCCCGGGGAUUGCGACACGGACACCGACGGACACACCCCGGCGUCUCUGCGGGCCCUGGUGCGAUGCCUGCAAGUGGACAUAGACUCCCUGCUGGAGCUGAUCCACCGCAUCAGGACGGAGGGCUCGUGGGACGUGGGCGGCCUCGUUUUCCACCAGGUCACGUACGACGACAUCUUCGGCAAGGACGGCCCCCCAACCGGCCCGUCAAACACAGAUGCACUUAACCAGGCAACAAAGAGUGAAGCGGAGUUGAAUGAAUUGAAAUCGGAGGUGGACCAGUGGAGGAAUCUAGCUGAAGCCGCUGAGGCAGAGAUCAAGAGCUGUAGGAUGAAAGAGAUGGAACUGCAGCAAGAAAUUGACCACGCCCACAAACUUGCCAAAGAGAGGGAGUUGAUUCUCGCCUGUAAAUGUCCAGACACUGAGUUGAUGCGCUUGCAACACGAUGAGCUGAACAAGAUUCUGGAAGCUUUUAGUGGACUUAAGUGCAUCAUAGCUGCAGCCUGCGAGGACCUCGAGAAGUUGAUCAGCAAGGACCUGAAGGAAAUGGUCGGCAGGAAGAGGUGUCUGGUUCCGGACGUCAGAGCCACGACGGGCCGCUUCCAGCGUCUGGCGCAGUCCUUAGGAGAGGAGUUCACGUCCAUGGAGGAGCAGAAUCCCACAUACCUGCCAGGAACAUGCAUAUUCGACUGCCAAAAAAUGAACGCUUUCCAGAGAAGUAAAGUGGAAAAUCUUAAUAAUUACUUCCUCAACGUAAUCCAGGAAGUACAUAAAUUGGAGAUGAAGUUUGAGUCAGAUCCAAAGGUUGACAGAACGUCACAUGUUUCUUUGGAUGCCACAUUGGAGAUUGCAAAGUCAAGGAGUGAAGAUGCUGGAGUUGAAGAUUCAGUACACACGUUAACCCUCGCAGUAUGUCAGCUGAUGGAACUGGCUGGUAAUGUUCACAAGCUGGCGAAUGAGUGGGAAAUCCAGGCCAGACGCCAUAGAGAUGUUUGGGAGGACUUUGUGGAAGAGAGGAAGCGGAUCUGCAGCUGGCAGCAGAAGCUGGACUCUCGGACGAAGAGCCUGAGCCGGCAGCUCGGCAUCACCGCGAGCGUCGUCCAGCAGUUGGAGCAGAGCGUCUCGGCGCUCGGCGCCAGGCGCAGCGAAGAAUCACCUUCCUCACAACAUUUGCAAUGCCUUCGGACUGAAGACAAGCAGCGGGGGUCUGCAGCAGAGGAUGCUCCGAUCCGGCUCGCCUCCCUUCUGUCCUCCAAGCUGAAUGCCUCCAGGGACCAGGCCAGCGUCCAGCAGGAGAAGAUAGACACGUUGAAGCAGUCGAUAUCGAGGGUGUCACAGCACAUGAAGUGUGUCAGGGACGGCGCAGGCAAGGAUUGCAAGUGUUGGUGGACUGAACCCGAGAUCAAGGUGUUGGAGCCUGUUCAUCGCUGGUCGAGGUCGUCUCUCAACUCCGAGGAAGAAGAGAGUCAUCCUUGUGGUUUACAGGAUAAAACCGGAAGAACCAAAUGUCACCCAAAGGGAGCCGGGCGUGCCGCUGUGGACCCCGACGUGGAAGCCCUGCUCCCCGCGCUGAGGGCCCUGACCGCCGAACUGUCGUCAACACGAGCCCAGUUGCAAGACACGCCGUGCGCUUUUCAAGACUGGGAUUCUUCUGGGACAGCUAGUUCAGAGAAAUUAGAUCCUGACGCGGCGUGGCAGGCUGCUGACAUGCAGCCCGGAGCGCCCGAAGGGGCAGAGCUGAGGCGGCAGCUUGAGGCGUGUCUUUCGAAGCUGCAGUCGGCCGAGGAGGAGGUUGCAAACCAAGAGAGGAUUAUUGCAAUUAUGACGGAUUCCGCCAAAGCUCACAACUCAACAGUCGAACACCUUGGAAGCAGGAUUCAAGAACUUGAACAAGAAAUUACACAGAAGGAAGAGAAAAUAAGAACUCUUACUGCCACUGCUGCCGCGUUGGAGGCAAGCGAGUGUCACAGAACGUCGCUGGAGAACGCGGAGGGGGCGAUGGAGUCGAGGCUGGUGGGCCUGCGGGCCCAAGCAGACGGCCUCGGCGAGGAGAACCAAGUCCUGCAGGAGCAGCUGCGCUCCUCCGCGGCCCUCAUCGACCAGCUGGAAGGGUUCGUGCGGGAGUCGACCGAGCGCUUGGAGCGCCUGAGGGAGGCCAACGCCGGCUUGGAGCAGGACAACUGGCACCUGAGCCGGCAGCUGGAGGAGGAGCGCCGCUCGGCCGAGUUGGGGCAGCAGCUCCCCGGUCCCGAGGAGCAUGCUCUGGAAGCCACCGUCUUCGUGGGCGCCGCUGCCGGCACCGAGACGCAGGCGCGCCUGACGUACGAGACGUACCAGAUGUGUCUCGGCACCUCGGGGCGGGACGAGGAAGGAGGUGUCCUCGAGUGCGCCCGCGAGGAGAGGUUGGCGAGCCUGGGGUCGGAGGUUCAGGCCCUCCGCCAGACCGUGGCUGACCAGGCGUCCCGGCUGGAGGCCGCCGAGGAAGAGGGCCUCGAACUCCGGAAGGAGUACUGCGACGUGAAGCAGCAGCUGGACAGCGCCUGGGAGUCCGUGGCGGAGCAGGAGAGGACGGUGUGCGCGCUGAGGGAGAAGAUCGCCGGCCUCGAGGCGGACUGCCGGCGCCAGCAGCAGAAAGUGGUCUCCCAGGAGGAGGAGCUCAGCGAGAUGAAGCGCGCCGCCGCCAGGGUCGCGCAGCUCGAGUUCGAGGCACGCUGCUUGCGGGACAAGCUCGACGAGGCCAAGCACGGCGACGCCCCGCCGUGCACGGACGGUCAGAGGAGCACGUCCGAGACGGAGUUGCUGCGCAGGCUUUGCGCCCCGCAGGUCGCCAGCACGGCGAGACUGCACGAGCCGACGGGGCUGAAGCGGGUGCUGUCGAGCCACGUGAGACAUCCACUGUGUAGUAACGAAGCCUUGAAGACACUUGUGGAUAUGGUUAAGGCAGAGAAGGAAAUCAAGAGCUUGAAAAAUGAGAAUGCAGCUCUGAAGAAUGAACUUUUGGAAUAUCGGAGUCAAAAUAUCGACUAUCAACAGCUGAAGGUGCAUGCUGAUGCUGAGGCGCUGCGGGAGCUGGAGGCUCGGCUGCAGGCGUGGGCCCAGGAGAACGCAGACCUCCGGACCGAGGUGCAGCUGCUAUCCAGGAGGAGCGAGAGGCUGCAGCUGGACCUGAGGCUAGCGCAGAGAUGCCUGCAGGACAUUACUCCGACAGCCUCCUGCGCCCGGAAAAGCGACUCGGAGGAACGGCAGGAGGCGGAGAGAGCCAACAGGCAGCACGAAGCCGCGACGAAGCAGCUUCGCUCCCGGGAGGACCAGCUGCAGGCGGAAGUGACGGACCUGGAGGCGGUCAGGGUCGCCCUCGUCAAGAGGAACGUGUGGCUGGAGAGGAACAACACCCGCCUCCUCCGGGAGCUGCACGACCUCAAGGCGCGCCUGGACGGGCACUUGCGGAAGGAGGAGGGGCUCAUACAGCGAGUGAAGCAGUACCAGGGGAAGCACAGGGAGCUGAACCGAGAGUUGGCAGCAAUGAGACAGCAGCAUGCCUCUCCCAGCCAGGACAGCUUGUACUGCCUCAUCGAUAAAGUCCUGGAAGAUUUCCAGAUGUCGGCAGAGCUGCACGCCAGUCUGCAGCAGUGCGUGCUGAUGACGGACUCUGACCAGUCCUGCUCGGAGCUGCGAGUGGAGUGGCCCUGGGCCGCGGAGAAGCAGCACGCUUGCGACUGGGAGCAGGCGACAAGCGGCGAGCAGCCGGCGAGCAAGAGAGACAAGGACUGGCUCGUGGCGGAAGUGACGAGAUUCAGGAAGCUGUGGGAGGACGCAGAGGCGCAGGUGGCGACCCUGAGUGAGCAGCUGUCGCUGACGAGCCGCUUGCUGCAGUCGUCUCAGCGCAGGGUUGCCAGCCUGACCAAGGACAAGGAGAUGCUGGAAGCCAUGGUCGGCCGCCUGAGGGCCGUGACGCUGAGGGACAGCGACCUGGCGAGGCUGCCGGCAGACAGGCGGCAGCUGGUCAAGGAGAACCUGACGCUGCACGCGGAGCGAGAAGCGUUGCUGGAAGAGCGGCUGGAUUACGAGCACGUGAACAGCGAGCUGUGCCAGCGAGUGGAGCAUCUGGAGAGACAGCUGCAGAUGCUGGAGCCGACCCGGGACAGCGACUUCACCAGCCUGACGAGCGACUAGAGCUCCGUGCACACGGGCGACGGCCGGGACCGGCCAUCUUGGUCCGUGCUUCGCGUCUGUCGCUGCGGUCAUCUUCGUUACCUCUCAUCAGUUUGUUUUGUCCGUCCUUAUUUCUCAAAUCACAAAUUUUCUGCCAGUGUAAAUGUCUUUUUUUUUUUACUUUUUAUUUUUACACAUAUUUAUUUUAAUAAAUGUCUGUUUUGUGCUUCAAA